AUGCGGGUCAUUGAGUGGGGAAGAUUGUUGAGAACAGCUGUUUCUGCCGCCUUUUCGUUGGUUUUUUAUGUGCGCGGUGCGUCGGCGAAAGCGAGUGGCGGUGGUGGCACGUCUGGCGGCGGUAGUUCUGGUGGCAGCUCCGGUGGCAGUUCCAGCGGCUUUGGUGGUACAGGCGGAGGGCACGUCACAACGCACAGCAGGGCUACAAUGGGUGCUGUCGCCUACAUGAACUUUCUUGUGCUAAGGAGCGGUAGUCGACGUCGAUACGGCACUUACCAUCAGGAAGAGGGCACGGAUGGAGUGCAUUGCGCGAUGCAGUCCGAGGAAGGGAUCGAAGCGGCCUGCAUGAACCUGAUCGGGAACGACUACGUCGAGGACUAUUGUUUUCCGUGCAUCGACUGCGAAAGCACAAUCUGUGUCGACGGCGUCACCGAGACAGACGGUUACGAUUGCACUGAGUUUCUUGGGGAAGCCUAUAUCGAAUGCACUGAGGAGCAGGACAGUGACCUAUUUUGGCUAUUGGUUCUUGUCGGCGUGUUGGUGAUCAUUGCUUGUUGUGCCAUGUUUUACAUGACAAGGAGAAAAAUCCACGAGAAGCUUGAAUAUUGGAUCUCUGGAGAGGUGUCCCAGCUGAAAGACAAGCAGGCGUGUCGCGAGAGGAUGCCGGCCUUCAACGGACCUCGCCUCGGCCAGUUGGUCCUCAGCGGCAUGUAUCGCGUCGAAGGCAAUGAGAAGCCCGCCAAGUGCAGCUUCGACAUAUCGCCGGACGGAUCGCUGUCUGGUUCGUCGGCCAGAGACGACGGCACGGCUCUGCUGCACGGGAAGAUCUACAUCCCCAGCGGAGGCAAAGUCGGAAGCAUCGCGUGGCGUGAGACGAGGCAGUUUGUCUGCAUGGAGGCAAGCGGGAGCAUCGACAUCAGGAACGGACGGGUCCUAGUGGAGGCCUCGUACGUCUCCAGCCAUCGGGGGAUGCAGGGUUUAGUCGAGAUCUCGGGCGCGACCGCGCAGCCUCGGCCACAGCAGGAUCACAACGCCAACGCCUGCGCGGCGCCCUUGCAGCACCGCGGUCAGCAUGGUUCCGCGAAAGUCGCGCCAUCUGUCGUCGGCCAGGUGGCAGGCGUCCACGGGAAGAGCACGAUCUCCGCGGCGUGGGUGGACGGCAGUAGCGACAAUGCCGACCAAGGCGAAGGUCAGAAGCACGCGUCGGAUACACAUCGUGCCGCCGGGCUCAGUGAGGAUAGUGGUUGA